AUGCUUUCUGCCUGGGCAGAAAUUGAUCUUAAGAUUAUUCAGUGUGCAUUUCAUAAAUGCUUCAUUUCUAAUGCUAUGGAUGGGUCAGAAGAUGAUGAAAUAUAUUAUAAUGAAAUAUUUUGCAGUGAAACUCAUAAAGUCAAUGCUGAAAUUCACGAUAUUCUGAAUGAACAAGAUGAAAAUGUUAUUGAGAUUGAGUCUAGCGAUUAUGAUGAAGAUCAAGAUUAUCAUGAUGAAAAUCAAGAGCACCAUGAUAUAGUAGUUGAAGAAAAUAAUAAUGUUCUUGUUUUUACAA